UCAGCAAUCAAGGGUAUUUAGUCUGCAGCCGAGCAGAGAAAGGGGGGGAAAGGAUCUUUCAGGAAAGACACACUGCAGACUCGCUCGGCGGGCAUCCUGCUUUAAUGGAUACGGACUGCUCAAGGGAGAAAGGACUGAUGUGACACAUUUCUGCCUGGAAAAGGAACCAGCGGAGAAGAUAUGCCUGGGAUCGGCUUACGUGCAGAGCAGAGCUGGAAGUCAUGACAUGUUGUUGGGAGAGGUGAAUUGCAGAAACUCACCCAAUGCACCAAACGAGUUGGACGAUGCACUUUAUAGCCUUUUUUGCACUGUUCCUGUUCUUUUUCAACGGAGACGUGCAGGGCAAGAAUUUGAAAUACAGGAUUUACGAAGAACAGAGGGUUGGCUCGGUGGUUGCGAGGCUGUCGGAGGAUGUGGCUGAUGUUUUAUCUAAGCUCCCUAACCCGACUACGGUGCGCUUCCGAGCAAUGCAAAGGGGGAAUUCUCCUUUACUCACAGUCCGAGAGGAUAACGGGGAAAUCAGCAUAGGGGCGAAAAUUGACCGGGAACAACUCUGCCAGAAAAACUUGAACUGUUCUAUCGAGUUUGAUGUGAUCACUCUGCCCACGGAGCAUCUGCAGCUUUUCCACGUUGAAGUGGAGGUGCUGGAUAUUAAUGACAAUUCCCCCCAGUUUUCCCGACCUCUCAUCCCUAUUGAGAUAUCCGAGAGCGCAGCUGUCGGGACUCGGAUUCCCUUGGACAGCGCGUUCGAUCCAGAUGUUGGGGAGAACUCUCUCCAUACGUACUCCCUCUCUGCUAAUGACUUUUUUAAUAUCGAGGUGCGUACUAGGACAGACGGGGCGAAAUAUGCAGAGCUCAUUGUGGUGAGAGAAUUGGACAGGGAGCUGAAGUCCAGCUACGAACUCCAGCUCACUGCCUCUGACAUGGGAGUGCCUCAGAGAUCUGGAUCCUCCAUCCUCAAAAUAAGCAUUUCGGACUCUAAUGACAACAGUCCUGUUUUUGAGAAACAAUCUUAUGUAAUCCAGCUAUUGGAGAACUCCCCAGUGGGGACUUUGCUCCUAGACCUGAAUGCCACUGAUCCAGAUGAGGGCGCCAAUGGGAAAAUCGUGUAUUCCUUCAGCAGUCAUGUGUCUCCCAAAAUUAUAGAGACUUUUAAGAUUGAUUCUGAAAGAGGCCAUUUGACCCUUUUCAAGCAAGUGGACUAUGAGACCACCAAAUCCUAUGAAAUUGAUGCUCAGGCCCAGGAUAUGGGUCCCAAUUCAAUUCCAGCUCACUGCAAAAUCAUCAUUAAGGUUGUAGAUGUAAAUGACAAUAAGCCUGAAAUUAACAUAAACCUGAUGUCUCCUGGCAAAGAGGAAAUAUCUUAUGUUUUUGAAGGGGAUCCCAUUGACUCGUUUGUUGCUUUGGUGAGGGUACAAGACAAGGAUUCUGGACUGAAUGGAGAAAUAGUUUGCAAACUUCAUGGACAUGGUCAUUUUAAACUUCAGAAGACCUAUGAAAACAAUUAUUUGAUCUUGACUAAUGCCACACUGGACAGAGAAAAGAGAUCUGAAUAUAGUUUGACUGUAAUUGCAGAGGACAGGGGAACCCCUAGUCUCUCAACAGUGAAACAUUUCACUGUCCAAAUCAAUGAUGUAAAUGACAAUCCACCCCAUUUCCAGAGAAGCCGAUAUGAAUUUGUCAUCUCUGAGAAUAAUUCUCCAGGGGCAUAUAUCACUUCUGUCACAGCCACUGAUCCUGACCUAGGAGAAAACGGACAGGUCACCUAUACCAUUUUAGAGAGUUUUAUCCUGGGAAGUUCCAUAACUACCUAUGUAACCAUUGACCCAUCUAAUGGUGCCAUCUAUGCCCUCAGAAUCUUUGAUCAUGAAGAAGUAAGUCAGAUUGCUUUUGUGGUUGAAGCCAGGGAUGGGGGAAGUCCAACACAACUCGUCAGCAAUACCACAGUUGUGCUCACUAUCAUCGAUGAAAAUGACAACGUCCCUGUGAUUGUAGGCCCUGCCCUUCGAAAUAACACAGCGGAAAUCCCAAUCCCUAAAGGGGCUGAAAGUGGCUUCCAUGUUACCAGAGUAAAGGCUGUAGACCGGGACUCUGGCAUGAAUGCAGAACUAAGCUGUUCCAUAAUAGCAGGGAAUGAAGACAAUAGCUUUGUCAUAGACCCCAAAUCAUGUGACAUCUAUACCAAUGUGAGCAUGGAGUCCACUCCUCACACUGAAUGGGAGCUUACUGUACUUGUUCAGGAUAAAGGCAGUCCCCAGCUCCAUACCAAAGCAUUUUUGAAGUGUUCAGUUUUUGAGUUUGUUGAAUCAGUGACAAGUACGGCAAUGACCUCAGUUAGUCAGACCUCUAUGGAUGUCUCCAUGAUAAUAAUUAUCUCCUUGGGAGCUAUCUGUGCUGUCUUAUUGGUCAUCAUGGUCCUCUUUGCAACCCGGUGCAACAGAGAGAAGAAAGACAACCGGUCCUACAACUGUAGGGUGGCAGAAUCUACCUACCAGCACCACCCAAAAAGACCCUCCAGGCAGAUUCACAAAGGAGAUAUUACUCUAGUGCCUACAAUUAAUGGCACUUUGCCCAUUAGAUCCCAUCAUAGGUCAUCUCCCUCUUCUUCUCCCACUCUGGAAAGAGGGCAGAUGAGCAGUAGACAGAGUCACCACAGCCACCAGUCACUCAAUAGCCUAGUGACAAUCUCAUCAAACCAUGUGCCUGAGAACUUCUCAUUGGAACUCACCCAUGCUACUCCUGCUGUUGAGCAGGUCUCUCAGCUUCUCUCAAUGCUUCAUCAGGGCCAAUAUCAGCCACGACCAAGUUUUCGGGGAAAUAAAUACUCCAGGAGCUACAGAUAUGCCCUUCAAGAUAUGGAUAAAUUCAGCUUGAAGGACAGUGGCCGAGGUGACAGCGAGGCAGGGGACAGUGAUUAUGAUCUGGGUCGUGAUUCUCCAAUAGACCGGCUACUUGGGGAAGGUUUCAGUGACCUCUUCCUCACCGAUGGAAGAAUUCCUGCAGCUAUGCGGCUAUGCACAGAUGAAUGCAGAGUGCUGGGACACUCAGACCAAUGCUGGAUGCCACCUCUUCCCUCCCCAUCUUCUGAUUAUCGAAGCAACAUGUUCAUUCCGGGAGAAGAAUUUCCAUCCCAGCCACAACCCCAGCACCCCCAUCAGAGUCUGGAAGAGGAAUCCCAGCCUAAUGACUCCAGUGAAAAGAAAAAGAGUUUUUCCACCUUUGGGAAGGAUGUGCAGAAUGAAGAAGACCCUGGGGACACAUGCACGUCUUCUUUGCUCUCUGAAAUGAGCAGCGUGUUUCAGCGUUUGUUACCUCCGUCUCUGGACACCUACACUGAGUGCAACGAGGUAGACCGGGCCAACUCAUUAGAGCGUCGAAAGGGAACUCUCCCAGCCAAGACUGUGGGUUACCCACAAGGGGUGGCAGCCUGGGCAGCCAGUACCCAUUUCCAAAAUCCUGCCAGCACCACAGGGCCCACCCUGGGGACUCACUCAAGUGUGCAACCUUCUUCCAAAUGGCUUCCAGCUAUGGAAGAGAUUCCUGAAAACUAUGAGGAAGAUGAUUUUGAUAAUGUACUCAACCAUCUCAAUGAUGGGAAGCAUGAACUCAUGGAUGCCAGUGAGCUGGUGGCAGAGAUUAACAAGCUGCUACAAGAUGUCCGACAGAGCUAGAGAAGUUUGAAAAAAAAAAGCAUCUUUUUUUUUCCAUUUUUAUGGAAACAAGGGGGGGAAAGACAGAACUGGCAUUGCCAAUUAGUUGCAUUUAUCAUAAAUGUGUCUGUGUAUAUGGAAUAUUAAAUACUGUAUUUUCAUAUGUACACAAUGCAAGUGUGGUUAUCUUAAUCUGUAUUUUAAAAAUACAUUUGUACCUUAUAUUUAUGUGUAAUUUAACAAAUAAAUUUUAUUUUUCUACUCCCAUGGCAAGCAUGUCUUCCCUAAGUAUAUAAAAAAACCAGCCACUAUUUGAUUCUGGCAAAUCAUCCAGCCACAAGAGAUGAGGGUACUGCUUCCUAUUACUUGUUUGUUUGUUUUUUUGUUUUGUUUUGUUUUUGUUUUUUAAGAGAAAUAAGUGUCUUGGUGCAGAAUCAGCCCCACUGAAGUAUUAUCCAACUCUUAGUUUCAAUUGUGUUUUGAAACUGAAUUUUUAGAAUAAUAAAUUAGCAACUUUGCUGAACUUUAUUUUUUUUUCCACUGUCUUCCUUUGUCUUUUCCUAUAUUCCCCAAACACACUUCUUGUGCUUGGUUAGAGACUUGAAGUCAUGUUGGUAUAAGUGAAACCUCAUAUGUUGAAAAAAAUCCAUUUGUCUCAAAACAUUCACAUUCAUUCAACAAUCAAUGCCAGCACUGAGUUUCAGUCCAUCCUUGCAACUAGUUAAAGGUGCUAAAGACAAUGGAAUCAGUCUUUUGCUUAUUGCCCGCCUAGGCUAAACUCUGGACUGACACAGAGAGCCACAUGGGUGUCUCUCCUAAGGUAGUAAAUAGAACCCAAUUUUUCCUGAACAUGUAUCUUAAUCUCCUCCCACACUUCACAAUCUCUUCCCGGAUACUUGAAUGUUUUUCUUAUCUGCCAAACUGUUUGUUAUGAUGUUCACUGUUAAUUCCCUCAAUCCCCCUCCCACUGCAUGAUUUCAUUUAUAACUUUUAUUCUUAGCAUAAGAAAGUUUUUUAAGUCACAUUUUUGUGUUGUUCUUGUUGGUCUAUUUUUGCUUUGUUGUGUUUUAAGCUAUGCCUCCUCCUUUAUUUAUUGUGAAGUUUUAUUUGGAAUCUUGAAUGCCUUGGUAAAUGGGUACACUAUUAUGGUUAGCCCUGCACUGCUCUCAUUUAUUACUGAACUACUAUUAAUGUCAUUUCUAUGAAUAAAAAUGCCAUUCUUGUACUACCCAGUAACUCUGUCAAUGGAAAUAAAUGGAAAAUGAAAACAAA